CCCUUUUUUUUUUGUUUUCCCUGUAAAAGCCCGAGACAUCCAACAUCCCAUCGCCUUGAAGCAGAAGAGUCAACAACGUUCGACACGAGUACUCCCGUGGAGUACCUCUUGAUACUCCCAACUCCUCUGUAUUGUAAGAAACUCUCCUGCUCCUCCUCCUUCGCAAUUACAGUGUCGGUCAAGGAGAAUCCUCCAGUGUUGUUUGCGAAAGUUGAUCGUGCAGAAGCAGCAGCCAAUGGAUGCUCAAAAUGAUGUUAACAGGGGAGAAUUCACGUGGAAGAUCAGCUACUUCAGUGAGCAGGAUGCCAGCAAGCUUUACUCUGAAGCAUUCACUGUUUCUGGUUGCAAAUGGAGAAUUCUUGUGUUCCCCAAGGGGAAUAACACGGACCAUUUGUCGCUGUACCUCGACGUCCCUGAUUCUGCGUCCUUGCCAAGUGGGUGGACCAGAAACGCCCGGUUCAGCUUGAGUGUGAUCGAUCAAACCAAUAGUGAUCGCUCUAUUCGAAAGGGGACGCAACAUGUUUUCACCGUGAGACAGAGUGACCGGGGUUACACAAGUUUCAUUCCAUUGACUGAGCUUCGCAGUCGAACUGGGGGAUACCUAGCAGGUGACACUUUGGUGAUUAAAGCCGAAGUUUGCAUCUUAGAAGUUACUCCUCCGGUGAAUGUUCAGCCAGCUAGACCAACCGAUGACUUCGACUCCUAUUUUACUAGUCUGGAGGAACUCAUCAACGCUGCGGAGACAAAUGGUGUCAGUGUAGGAUCCAGUUUGGGCCACCGAAAUGGUGCUUUGACGGCUAAAAUUCCUAGCUUAGAAGAAGUUCAGAAGGCUAAGCAGUCUUUGAAGGAAUGCCUCUCGGAUCUCUUUAAAUUGAAUAUGAAAGAUAAGCUGUCUGAGGCGCUAUCAACUUUAAGCUCAGCCAGAACUGGAUUAUCGCCAGAGCAGCAGAUAGCAAUUCAGAAAUUUCGGGCAAAUUUCGACGAUUUCACAUCCGACUUCUUAACAUUUGAGCAGGACAAUGCUGAGUUUGAGCUGCAAAAGCUGCAACAGGAUCAAUGGUUCUCUACUAUGAAGAAUUGCCAUGAGGGUCACAUCUUGUGUAAGCAGCUGAUGGGCGACCUCGUCAAGGAAGAGGCAGAGCUCAAGAGGAUGAUGGAGGAAGUGAAGUGUAGGAGGGACAAGCUCCUCUCAGACUGGGAGGUCUUGCGGGUGCAGUCCGAAGAGGCGAAGCUGCGGUAUAGAGAUAAGCAGAAGAAAGUAGCAGAGGCCGAGGAAAAGAAGAGGAUAGCCGAGGAAAGGAUGUCUAGAUCAACCACGGCUUGGGCCAAUUUGAAGGCUCAAUUCUGUUAAGACAUUAAGGCUUGGAACAGGCUAUGAGGAAGUUGGUUCACCUAAGUACGAAGAUUGUGUCUUGGCUUGACUGUAAUUUUCAGCUUGUGGGUCAGAUAUAUACAAACAUAUGCAUGUCUUAUGUAAAUGUGACCGAGUUGCUUGUA